CCAAUCACAACACGCGCCGGUGAACCCUGACAGAAAAUAUAUUUAAUUUUAUUAUCCUUAAACAUCCACAGAUAGAUCUUAAACACGAUUUUAAAGCUUUAUAUUUGUUUUAAAUAUUGUUAAAAACACAAACAUGCUGAAAUAAGAUCAUACGCGUGAUUAGGUUGAGGCGUUCGGUACAUCCGGUGAGAAACGGACAAACGCGGGAGCGAAGCGCGAGAAAACAAACCAGCAAAUGAAUCAUUCACCAGCGUCAAAAACACGAAUAAACAGCGAUUUUUAUGAUUCAAAUCGCUUUGGGAAUUAUUAUAUGAACUCGAAAUGACGGAAUUACUUUUUAACAAGAGGUUACAGGUGCUUGUGAAGAAUAGAGAUACCGAUGAGAGAUGUUCAGUCAUUCGUAUCAGUAUUGAACUACAAGCAUCAUCAAAUCCUGUCCAUAGAAAGGAUUUGGUUGUACGGCUGACGGAUGAUUCUGAUUUUUACUUUUUAUACAACCUUGUCAUAUCAGAGGAGGAUUUUCAGAGCUUAAAAGUACAACAAGGGCUUUUAAUAGACUUCACAUCAUUCCCACAGAAAUUUAUAGGCUUGCUUGAACAGUGCAUCUCUGAACAGGACAAAGAAAACCCACGGUUUCUGUUGCAGCUCACAUCAGCUUCGUCAGCGUUCGAUCGCAGUCCUUCAAACCUUAACAUUGUGGAGACGAACGCUUUUAAACACCUCACGCAUCUCUCUCUGAAACUGCUGCCGGGAUCUGAUACGGAUAUUAAGAAGUAUCUGGCCACAUGUUUGUCCACUGUAAAGGAGGAAAAGCAGCAGUUGGAACAGAAGUUGAGAAAGACUGAGGAAGAUCUGACAAGACAGCUAAAUUAUGCGCAGCAAAUACAAGCCCGUCUGCAGCAGCAGAACGAACAGCUGCGGCAGGAACUUGAGGCAUCUCAUCACAGAAGCACCCAGCAGCUCCAAACCAAAGCCUCUGAGCUGGAAACGGCCAACAGGGAGCUCAUUGACAAGAAAUACAAGAGCGACUCCACCAUUCGAGACCUUAAAGCCAAACUGGCCAGCCUGGAAGAGGAGUGUCAGAGGUCAAAGCAGCAGGUUCUGUCGUUGAGGAGAGAGAACAGCACCCUCGACACCGAAUGCCACGAGAAAGAACGUCUCGUCAACCAGCUGCAGACACGAGUGGCCGUCUUUGAGCAGGAGAUCAAAGAUAAAGAGCAGCUCGUGCUGCGGACCAAAGAGGUGCUGGAGGCCACACAGCAGCAGAAGAAUUCUGUCGAAGGAAAUGUUGAAAGUAAGCAAGUUCAAAUCAGCAAGUUGGAGGCCACGGUAAAGUCCCUGUCGGAGGAGCUCAUCAAGGCGAACGGCAUCAUCAAGAAGCUCCAGGGGGAUCUGAAGGCACUGAUGGGGAAGAUCAAGGUGAAGAACACAGUGACGGUGUCUCAAGAAAAGAUCCUGCAGGAAACUACAGAGAAACUGCAGCGAGGGCAGCGAGAACUGCAGGACACCCAACAACAGCUCCGACAGAAAGAGGAAGAGGUAAUGAAAUUAAAGGAACAAUUUGAAGCUACAGUUCAGAAACUGGACGAGAGCAGGGAAGUGUUAAAAACCAAUGAGAACGUAAUAACUUGGCUAAACAAGCAGCUGAAUGAGAACCAGCUCUCUCGGAAGCAGGAGACUUUAGGAAUGUUUGAGACGCCUGCUGCAGGUCUGAGAACAGGAAGUGUUCCUCACAAUAUGCUGGAUAGCAAAGGUUUCCCCUCGUCUUUGGGACAGGGUUUCCCCAUCACCUCUACAAUAAACUCCAAAUAUCCUCUUCCUUUUUCCUGUGUGAGCUCAGGACCUCGCUCUGUCCUGUCAGUGCACAAUCAGACGUCUGGACCAAAGGUCCAGUUUAACCCUAUGAGUGCCAAACCUUCUGCAGCAGACCUGAGUCCCACUGCACUCUCCCAACCCUCCAAUAAAGAGAACGGAGAGCCUGUUGGUCUGGACUCCAAGUACUUUGAGAGACGAGAUGACAGCAUCCCUCUCCGCGGCCUCCUACCCAGCAUGCAUCUAAAUAGAGAAGUUCUUAAGCCUUUGAACACAGCUGGAGCAAAACCAACAGCGUCCGCAGCUUCUGCGUAUUUCCCAGGAUGACGAACAGCAGUUCAGAUGCACUUCUAUUCAUCACUACGUUGAAUGAGUGAGCACCACUACUAAGAUGAAUUCAUUGCAAAGUGUCCAUGCAGAUGAUAUUCUUGUUUAAAAUGUAUUCAAUAAUUUAUUAAAACAUUUAUUUUAAAUCCAGUUCUC